ACGACCCUCAAUCCGUGAGAGAGCUCAACUCAGCUUGGAGGACGAGGAGUCAGCCAGUCAGUCAGGCACCCCGUGAUUCGGACAGAGACAGACAAGGACACGGCGCGAGUGUCCACCGAGUCUUCUUGAACCGGGCUGCUGUGCCCGACGCGGCUGGCUGGUGCUGGCUGUCUUAUAUCUUGGAAGCUUCCUUCCCUCUUCCUUCGAGCGCAAUCCUGCCUGCCUGCUGAGAAACUUUUCGCUGCCGACCAAGAACCAGUCAUAACCUCCAUUCGCCAACCACAAUCGCCGUUCCGCCUCAGCAGCACCACAACCACAACAACCACCACCGCAGCCAUGCCCGACCAAGAACUCUACAGCGUCGCCAAACCUCUCAACCGCGAGCCCCCGAUCCGCGAGCUCGUGUCGUCAUUCAUCACACCGGACAAAGUCGCCUACGACCGCAACCACGGUCCCUUCCCCGUUCUCGACCCGUCCACCUUCCGCCUCACCGUCACCGGCUUGGUCGCGCAGCCGCUCUCGCUAUCUCUGUCUUCACUACGCGCGCUGCCACAGCACACCGUGAUCGCAGCGCUACAAUGUGCCGGCAACCGACGGCACACCAUGCGCACGGUGGUGAAGGAGGUGGACGGCAUCGACUGGAACGACGGCGCGGUGUGCAACUGCACGUGGAGCGGGCCGCUGCUGGCCGACGUGCUGGCGCUGGCGGGCGUCGAGCUGAAGCAGGGCGACGAGAAACAUGUCGUCUUCAAUUGCGAGUGCGCCGAUGUGCAGGAUGAUAAGUACUAUGGCAGCUCUAUACCGCUAGGGAGGUGCUUGGAUAAAAAGUCCAUGGCGAUGCUGUGUCUCGAGAUGAACAACGCCCCGCUCCCCCUCUCGCACGGCUACCCGCUGCGCGUCGUCCUGCCCGGCAUCGCCGGUGCGCGCUGGACAAAGUGGCUCGACCGGAUCCACGUGCAGCCGCAUGAAAGCGGGAACUUCUACAUGCAAAAAGACUACAAGAUCCUCCCGCCGCACAUCGACACCAAGGCUUUAGCCGAAGCCCACUGGCCUUUAGUCCCAGCGAUCCAGGGGCUCCCGAUCAACAGCAUAAUCGCGUACCCUGCCGCGAACUCCGUGCUCCCCUCCACGUCGCCCAUCAAGGUGGGAGGGUACGCCCUCCCCCAAGCCGACGACGGCCCCGUCGUCGCCGUCGACGUCUCCACCGACCAAGGAAGGUCGUGGCAUCCUGCUACGAUAACUACGCCGACGGAGCCGGCGGAGAAAUAUAAGUGGGCGUGGGCGAUUUGGAAGUACACCCUUACGAACGAACAGGCUAGGGCGCUGAGCAGGGACACCAAGAUCUGGAGUCGUGCCAGAGAUAGAGGCGGGAAUGUGCAAGACGGGGAGAUUCGCUGGAAUUUUAGGGGCGUCGCGUAUAAUGCGUAUGGAGAGACGGGCGGGUUGACGGUGGAGGGGGCGAGGACGGAUGCGAGGUUGUAGGGCUUUAGAGGGGG